AUGGCUUCGCUCAAGUCUCCCUGCUCCGGCGCUGCCGUUCAGGACGACGAAGAUAUCGCCGUGGCCACCAGCUCCGGCCUUCAAACUGAGGGCACCGAACUCGCCCGCAGACGACGACACUCCUCCUUCAUUCCCAGACGCAAGUCAAUUGUCAGCCACAUCAUGGACGGAGAGGAGCACUUGUUGCUAAAGGUCGACCUCUUCCUCACCGAACUCGAGCGCCGCCUCGAAUUCAUCGAGGAAUAUGGCGAACUCACCUUCGAUGCAAGCAUUUCCCGUGCCUUCUCCACCCUCCAGACCGUUCGCGCACGAUGCUCCCACGCCUCGGAGGAAGUCCUCGGCGCAGGCCGACGCCGCCUGCACAUCAUGGUCGAGACCCUCGAGGCCCGCUACCAGGAAGCCCUCGACUCCGCCGAGUCCCUCAACGAAAAGGCCCGCGUCGGCAUCGAGCUGCUCGACGACAUGCUCACCGAAUUCGAGAACCGCGCCUACAAGCUGCGCGAGCAGGGCCUGGCCAACGCUGCCAGCACCGCAGGAGCCUUCAUGUCGGAGGGCCGUAGGGUCGUUGACGGCGGUAUCGGGCUUGCGAGGGAGGUUGUGGACGAGGGUAUUGAGCGGGCCAUGCGCGCGGCGGAGAGUCUCGAGGAGAAGAUCGAGCAAGCGAUUGCGCGCGCGAGGAAGACCAAGCUGAUCACCUACGACGACCUGCCCAACCCUUGGCGCAUCAACCCGCAUAUUCGCAACGGAUAUCGCUUUACGGAGUCGAAGCUUGAGUGCAUUUGGUCUGCUUUCGGCGUCUCCAACGAGCUUGUCAACAUCUGGUCUCACGCCAUCGGUCUGGUUAUCGUGCUCGCCGUAGCACUCUACUUCUACCCGCGAAACGUCAACUUCUCCCUCAGCACCAAGACGGACAUUUUCAUCGCUGCUGUUUUCUUCUUCACGGCCUGCUUAACGCUCGUAUGCUCCACCAUCUGGCACACCAUGAACGCCGUAGCGGACGUCGACGCAAUUUCCAUCUUCGCGUGCGUGGAUUACACCGGCAUCUCCCUCUUAAUCGCGGCAUCCAUCGUAACGACCGAGUACACCGCCUUCUACUGCGACCCCAUCAGCCGCUGGACGUACAUGACGACCACCGCCAUCCUUGGCAUCGGCGGCGUCAUCCUCCCCUGGCACCCGACCUUCAACGGAGCCGACAUGGCCUGGGCGCGCGUCGCCUUCUUCGUCGGCCUCGGCGCAACUGGCUUCUUGCCGAUUCUGCAGUUGUACUUCACCCAUGGCCCGGACUUCGUGUGGACCUUCUACACGCCCAUCGCCAAGUCCAUAUCUGUAUACCUCAUUGGCGCCUUCGUGUACGCCAGCAAGAUCCCCGAGAGAUGGUGUCCCGGCAUGUUCGACUACAUCGGCGGAAGCCACAACCUGUGGCACCUGGCUGUCCUUGGCGGUAUCCUCUUCCACUACACGGCGAUGCAGUCCUUCUUUGAGGAUGCUUUCAGGAGAGCCCAGGGAGAAUGCUCCGUGUUCUGA